CUAUAAUGAAUUUCCGAUCGUCGAGCAUGGAACCUUACGCGAUGAUGGUGUUUGCCUUAUAAUAAAAAAUGUCAUCCUAAAGAGAAGACAAAGGUGUACCACGCGGUGGCGUUGCACCAUUGGCAAAGGCAGGGAUUGCGAAGGGGAUAAGAUCCGAGUUCGAUUCGUUGCAACUAUAUUGCGAUGUAACUAUGCUAGGUCAUGAUUGGAGGUCUCAAUAACCUAGGCCGUGCAGACAAUUGAGCUUUUUGACUAGGAUUGUUUCUCAUUGAGAUUGUUCGUGUUUGGGUGCUAUUGCUGCUCUUGGUGAGCUUGGAUUCGGAUUCUCGACUGUUUACACACCCCAGGGGAAAAUUGCAGUUUCAUCGGAGAGAUGGAUCGCCCCGGCCACUUGGCAGACGCCGAGGAGCGAGCGGCAGCGGAUGUAAUGAGGAAAACACUCCACGAAAUCACCGCAGCCACCGAGGCCCAACUUUCCGGCGUCAAAGACCACAUUCACUUCACCCUUCAGCAAGCGUACUUCAAAUGCGCUUAUGAAUGCUUCCAUAGAACAAAGAGUCAGGAAGAAAUAGAGAACUGUGUGGAACAUUGCAGCGUCCCUGUUCUCAAAGCCAAGUAUUUCGUGGAGGACGAGACGGCUAAUUUUGCUGAAGAAGUGAAAAGGUCGUUGAUGGUUUGUCAAGACAAAUUUGUAGAUGCAAAACAGCAGGAGGGGGAUGCUAUGAAGGCCUUGGAAUCCUGUGUAGACGCAUCUAUGCAAGGCUUCUCAAAGACAUUACCUCUCUUUGUCAAAGGUUUGGAGACUUCUCUUGGCAUUGCUGAAUAGUACUACUCCCUUUAAUUUGUCCUACUAAGUUUAGGACAAUAGAGAUGGAGGGUCCAACAAAUUUCUGAAAGUGAAAAUUGUAACGGUAGAUAUUGAUCGUUUGAAGUAUUGAUAAAGUACGGUGAUACCACGCAAAUAUACUUGUCACGUCCCAAAAUAAGGUUCCGAGUUGUAAUCAAUAUGAGUUGUAAACACGGUGAUAACACGAUUAUUAGGAUAGUUGAAAUUGUGUGGUUGAGAUUCAUACAAAUGAGAGAAUGAAUGUGAAUCACACAUUUCUUUUGUUAAAAAAAUGGAGCCUUAUUUUUGGGCAUACCAAAAAAACUUGAAAAUUUCACAAGGCAAUAGAUAUUGACAUUGGUA